AUGGCCUGGGCGCUGUUCUCGGGCCGGGCGCUGCUGGCCGGGCGCUCCGAGCGCCGCCUGGACACGGAGCGGGAGCUGCGCGCGGCGCUGGACAAUCGGCUCCUGCUGCUCUUCUUCGGCUCCGCGCGCUGCCCGCGCUGCCGCCAGUUCGAGCCCCGCCUGCGCCGCUUCUGGAGCCGCCUCACCGAGCCCGCGCACGUCGAGCGGCCCGAGCAGCUCGGCCUGGUCUACCUGGGCACGGACAGGUGCGAGCGGGAGCACCGGCAGUACCUGCGCGACAUGCCCCGCACCUGGAUGGCGCUGCCACACCGGGAUGCCGCCUUCGGCAGGGAGCUGGCGGUUCGUUUCGGGGUCUCGCAGCUGCCGGCCGUGGUGGUGCUGGCUCCCAGCGGGGCCGUGCUGGUGCCCGACGCCGUGCGGGAGAUCGCCGAGCGCGGCCCCUCCUGCUUCCAGGGCUGGCGCCAGGCGGCCGAGCUGCUGGACAGGAACUUCCAGGAGCGCCAGGAGCAGGAGGGAUCCGUGCCCCGCAGCCUCACCGAGCUCCUGCGGCGCCGCAAGUACCGCCUGAGCUACGGCGGGGAGGAGGAGGAGGAGGAGGAGCGCCAGGAGCAGGAGGGAUCCGUGCCCCGCAGCCUCACCGAGCUCCUGCGGCGCCGCAAGUACCGCCUGAGCUACGGCGGGGAGGAGGAGGAGGAGGAGGAGGAGAGGGCAGAGGAAGGGCAGAGGGAGUAG